AUGGCGAACUUCACUCUGAGUAGGUUUCUUCUCCUUGGCUUUUCCGUCAAACCUGAGUUAGAAAUCAUGUAUGCUUCUCUGUUCUUAGGCUUAUACAUGUUCUUUUUAACUGGUAACAUCCUCAUCAUCACCAUCACUUCCAUGGACGAGAGUCUCAACUCCCCCAUGUACUUCUUCCUGAAGCAUCUCUCCUUUUUGGAUUUCUGCUAUAUUUCUGUAACAGUACCAAAGUUCAUUUACAACUCUUACAUGCAGAGUGAAAUUAUUUCCCUCUGGGAAUGCAUGAUACAGUGCUUUGCUUUCAUUGCUUGUGGUUGUACUGAAAUGGCCAUGCUCACAAUGAUGUCCUAUGACCGCUAUGUGGCCAUCUGCCUUCCACUGCGCUAUGACAUCAUCAUGGAUGUCAAAACCUGUGUCUAUGGAGUAAUCGGAGUCUGGGUCAGUGGGGCCAUCUCUGGAGUCAUGCACACAGCAGCGACUUUCUCCAUCCGCUUCUGUGCCCCCCGGAUCAUCCACCAGUUCUUCUGUGACAUCCCCCAGAUCCUGAAACUCUCCUGCGCCAAUGACUAUCUUCCUGAGGUUGGUGUCACUCUCUUCACAUCUUUGCUGUCAUUUCUUUGUUUCUUCUUUAUUGGAUUCUCCUAUAUGCACAUAUUUUCCUCUGUGCUGAGGAUGCCAUCUGCAGAAGGCAGAGCCAAGGCCUUUUCCACCUGCCUCCCCCACCUCGCUGUUGUCAUAUUAUUUCUUUCUACAGGUGCCUUUGAAUACUUUAAGCCUCAUUCUGACUCUCCGACUGAUUUGGACAUUUUCCUCACUAUCAUGUAUACUGUAGUACCUCCAACCUUCAAUCCAGUGAUCUAUAGUCUGAGAAAUAAAGCCAUCAAGUCAGCUGUAAGAAAGAUUUUUCAUUGA